AUGAGCAUCAUGUCCAUCGACAUCCUAACCGCCCACACAGCCACCCCUGUCGAAACACUAGCAUCGGGUGCGCCAACUGAGACUCUUCUCAGUGCCUUGUCUUCUGAGCCAAGCCCCCCACAGACCCGGAGUAGCACGCUGCAAACUACAAUACUGGUGACUGUUUUCGGAGCUUGGAUCCUGUUCGUAUUUGUUCUGUCGGUCUACAUCAUACAGAGGCGUAUUCGCGCGGCGCGCAUGGAGAUCGGCGAUGAAGAGAACCCGCGCGUGCGAUUCACGGUCGAAUACAGGCCACGGCGUAGCGUCGCCAAACAAAACGUGUUCACCCCGGCCGAGCUCGACCUCAUGCCUGCACUUACGUUUGCCGAGUACAAAUCCAGUGGGGCCAAGCAUGCGUGGCCCAAACACAAGCACUCGGUCCUGACGCUCGAUGGGCUGGCAGACAAGCAGAAAGCCGUAGACAUCGAUGCUAUCAGUAUCCACUCAGAGAACUUGGAAGAGCAGCAUGUGCCUGUGCAGAACGCGAUCGCGCAACAGCAGGAAUGUGCUGGAACCCCCGAUGGCAAGAAUGAUACAGAUGAUAUGUGCGCGGUCUGCAUCGAUGGGUUUGAUGCCGAGUCGACGGUCCGGGCGCUGGUCUGCGGCCAUGUCUUUCAUUGCGAGUGCAUUGACAGGUGGCUGCUGAGCAAGUCAUCUCGAUGCCCACUGUGCAACUCUGAUACCCGCACAUCGCUGGGGCUGCCGCAAAGGCCACCCAAGGCCAAAACCGCAGGCACUCUUCGCCAGGCAUAA